AUGAGUGGAAGUUCAACAGGGAGCCAGUUUUAUCGAGCUCCACCAUAUGCGACUGGUACAAUUACUGCCGAACAGCAGGUAGCGGUGGGAAAAAUUGGCGGCCCUAGCAAAAAAGUUCAAAUCGAUGAAAGUAAAUUCGGUAAACGAAAAUACAACAAAGGAAGGAGAGUUCAAGGCCACUGGGUAUUGGGAAUGGUAGAGGACGGCAGCGACGAUUUAAGGUUAGAAGUAUGUCCGGACAACGUACGGUCUUCCGAGGUGCUCAUACCUCUAAUUCAAAAGCAUGUCGCAGAAGGUACAAUAAUAUAUACCGACUGCUGGAAGGCAUAUGACUGCUUGACAAGCACGGGUAUGAGCACCGCCGUGUAAAUCACAGCGAUCCUGACAAUCCAUUUGUUGCCGAUGAUGGAACCCAUUCGCAGCGCAUUGAGUCCCAGUGGCGGG